AUGUCGGCCGAAAACGCCGUGCCGGCAGAGAACGGGCAGGAGCUGAAGCAGAGCGUGGUGAGCCGGGUGGCCAGCCUGGCCCUGGUGAGCUCUGCCUACGGCAUGGUCUCCACGGCGUACGCCUCCACCAAGGAGAGCCACCCCUACGUCAAGUCCGUCUGCGACGCCGCCGAAAAGGGGGUGAAGACGCUGACGGCGGCGGCGGUCAGCGGGGCCCAGCCCAUCCUCACCAAGCUGGAGCCGCAGAUUUCCACCGCCAACGAAUACGCCUGCAAAGGGCUGGAUAAGCUGGAGGAGAAGCUGCCCAUCCUGCAGCAGCCCCCGGAGAAGGUGGUGGCAGGGACCAGGGAGCUGGUGUCGUCCACCGUGAGCGGCGCGGUGGGCCUGGCCUGCGGCGCGGUGCAGGGCGGCGUGGAGAGGACGCGCUCGGCGCUGAGCACCGGCGUCAGCACCGUGGCGGGCUCCCGCGUGGGCCGGCUGCUGGCCACGGGGAUGGACGCGGUGCUGGGGAAAUCGGAGGAGCUGGUGGAGCGAUACCUGCCCGGGACAGAUGAGGAGCUGGCGGUGGCGGCAGGCGUGGAGGCGGCCAGGCCGGAGCGGCAGAGGCGGCGGCAGAGCUACUUCAUCCGCGUGGGCUCGCUCUCGGCCAAGCUGCGGCACCGAGCCCUGCGGCUCUCGCUGGGUGAGCUGCAGCGUGUCCAGCACAGCGCCCAGCGGGUCCUGGCCCAGCUCCACCGCAUCAUCGAGCUGAUUGAGCAGGGACGGCAGGGCAUGGAUGGACCCCUGUACGGCACCCGGCAGCAUCUCCACCGCAUGUGGCUGGAGUGGAGCCAGCAGGAUGCCGUGCCCAUGGAGGAGGGCGAGGUGGAGGCACGGACGCUGGCCAUGCUGCGCGGGCUGCUGCGCCAGCUCCACGUUGCCUGCACCCGCCUGGCCGCCGGCGCCUGGGGUUUACCCGGCAGCGUGCAGGAGACGGCGGGACACGUCCGGCAUGGCAUGGAGGGCGUGCAGGCUUCCCUCUCCCGCGCCCGCUCCUUCCACGACCUGUCGGGUUUGGUGCUGGCGCAGAGCCGGGAGACGGUGAUGCGGGCGCAGUUGAGCAUCGACGAGCUGCUGGAGUACGUGGGGCAGCACGCGCCCCUGCCCUGGCUGGUGGGACCCUUCGCCCCCGCCCUGGUGGAGUAUCCGGAGGAUGUCCCCAUAGAGAUGGCCAAGUGGGAGGGUUGUAUCACCGUGGGGGGGACGCACCAGGUGCCCCCUCCCUCACGGCUCUGCAACCGGCACUGAGCCACCGGCGCCACCCAAACCGGGGGAGCACCCCCACCCGCCCGCAGCAGUGAACCCCAUCCCCGCUGGGGACGAGGUGAGGAUGGACUCGGUGACCCGGCGUGGGACCCCUGAUGCCGCAGCCAGGGACUCGUUCGGGGAGGGAGGGGACGGUGGCAUGCAGAGGACGCAGCGUGUGCCGAGCCCUGCCCGUCCGGGGCUCCCUGUGGUGUCCCCAAGCCCAGGGAGCAUCAGGAUUUCUUGUCUUCGCAGCUUCAAAGCACUUUAAAGAGAAAGAAAACAACUUU